CGCGCCGGGGGCUCCUAGCGUCCGUGCCCAAACAUCCCGAGUGCGAUGCGGCAGCGCCGGCAGGGAAGUGGCGCGGCCUCCGGUCUUUAUGGUGUAGCUGCUUCAGUCCUGGCAAGGCUGGAGCGUCGGGAAGGUUCCCUCAAGACUCUCGUCUAUGGAAGUCACUUCCCGAAUACCCGGCUGCUCUAUGCACUUGUUUCAGAAACCCUUCGCUAUUCUUCUGUACUGGAUUCCAUCUUAGAUGCUGCUGGUUUGUUCCACGCUGAAAAGAAGCUGCAGCCUCAUCUGGCCAAGGUGCUGGUGUAUGACUUACUCCUUGGCAAGGGGCUUCAGGGUGGAGGACGUGGGAAGGCCCUGAUAUUGAAGCACCGUGCGCGUCUCCAGGCUGAGCUUGCCCGCUUGAAGGUCCAGAAGAAAGUGAGCCGCAAUGAAGACCUUCUGCCACCAGCUGGAGAAGCUGACCAAGCACUUCAGAUGCCACGUUACGUCCGAGUGAACUCAUUGAAGACAUGCUUGGAUGAUGUCAUUGACUACUUCAAACGCCAGGGUUACUCUUACCAGGGCAAAGCAGCCCGUAUGGAGGAAGUGAUCUUAUCAGGGAAGAAAUUCCUGCUGGACCUCCAUCUUCCCAACCUGCUGAUCUUCCCUCCGCAGACAGAUCUUCACGAGAACCAGCUCUAUCAGGCUGGGCACAUCAUUCUCCAGGACAAGGCCAGCUGCCUCCCGGCCUUCCUCCUGAGCCCCACUCCGGGGUCCCAUGUGAUUGAUGCCUGCGCUGCUCCUGGCAACAAAACCAGCCAGCUGGCUGCCAUCAUGAAGAACAAAGGGCAAAUCUUUGCCUUUGAUAUCGAUGUCAAGCGCCUGGCCACCAUGAGCACUAUGUUGGUACGGGCAGGGGUCACCUGCCAUCAUCUGGCACACCAAGACUUCUUAGCAACAGAUCCCACUGACUCCAAGUACAGCCAAGUGAGAUACAUUCUUCUGGAUCCUUCAUGCAGCGGCUCAGGUAUGGUCAACCGCCUGGCAGAGGAGGAAAGCACCUCCCUGCCAAUGCGACUGCAGGCACUAGCUGGGUUCCAGCGAAAAAUGCUGGCACACGCACUGCAGUUCCCUGCCCUUCACCGCCUGGUUUAUUCCACAUGCUCAGUGCACAAAGAAGAGAAUGAAGAUGUGGUGCAGGAUGUGCUGGAGCAGGAGGGGAAAGCCUUCAGAUUGGUAGAAGUCCUGCCAUCCUGGACUCCUCGUGGCUUACCUGUUUUUCCUGAAGCUAAGUCCUGUCUUCGGGCAUCGCCAGAAGAAACACUGACCAAUGGAUUCUUUGUAGCAGUACUGGAAAGGAAGCACACAGAAGCGUGUGCUGCAAGUUCUGCAGUGCUGCUUUCCGAGACUGGCAGUAAAUUAGAAACAAAUCCCAAUCCUGCAACCAGGAAAAGAAAAAAGAAACAGACAGCUUUUCCAAAUAAGUGAAAUUCUUCAGAAGCACACUGGUCUUUAUCAGUGGAAUUUGCAAGAGAAAGGCCUUGGACGGGAAAGAAAGUCAACUUUUCUGCAGUUGAUGUGACAUACUGAAAUGAGAACUUGCACAUUGUAUGUUUCAUUCAUCUGACAGCUGAGUGAACUGUAACUUAACCUCACCUAACUGCUUGCAUUCCAUUCUGUACAAGCAAGUAUGGUGGAGGGUAGCAGUGACGUAUAUAUGGAGGUCUUCAGAGAAAUUGAGCUGGAAAGUUGACCCCUGUGCUGUGGAGGAGGACCCUCUUCAAUGUUUGUAGGUAACACAGAUAUGAAAGGAAAGUGCAAACCACUGGAACAGAGACUAGCUUUUUUUAUUGAUCUGUAAAGCCACUCCAGGAGGCUAUUUGGCCGAAGAACAGAGUUAAAAAAAAAAAAAACAUUCUGGCUCAAGCAGUUUUAUUUUAAAUCAACAUAAGCAAGGAAAAGAAAUUGCACAUUCACACUAAAACCCUUGACAGGAAUGAUCCAAGUCUUCAUUGCAACAUUUAAAAAAGUCAGCCCAUUCUUUUUGUCUUUACAUACUUCAUUUCACUCACACACAGCAAUAUCUUGGUAACAAAAGGUGCUCUAUUUUUAUAGGGAGGUGAGGUCAGUUGCUUCCCAGUUGGAGAAAUGACUGGUUCACUGCAGACACGGAGCACCAAGAAAAAACAUCCCCAUAUUGCUAGCAGAGGGGUAGCCAUCCACACCUUCCAUGGCCUUACGUGGAGAGAUGAGGUUAAACAUUAGCUGAUAUUAUUAAAAAAAUAUUAGUUAAUUGGUUAAUAUUAACUAAUAUUAUAUUAAAUAUUGGAUGGGAUUCUUGAAGAUGGCCCUUUUCCCCAGCAAAGCCAGUUUUCGCUCCAAGGAGAUCACAGAAGCGGCCGUUCUUUUACUAGCCAUACAUCUGCUUUCCCUCCAAAUGACAAGCACUGAUCCAGACUCUCCUUCCCAGCACCGCUUAAACGUGCAAGAGCUCUCAAGCAUUAUGGAACAGACUGAGCCAUACUCACAUUAUUAAACGAACACAUGAAACACUGACCUGUGAAGCCCGAGGGGGGUGUGGCAAGAAAGCAGAUGCUCCCCCCACUUCCCUAUAAGCCCUGUUGUCUCAUAACAGCACAGGCAAAUUGCUAAUGAACAACUUUGUACUUUCACACCUCUAUGAACCAAGCUUGAAGGAAUUUAAAGGCAAUUUAGCUUAAAUAUAAAAAUAAAGUUUCACUUUGUUAAAAAAUGUUUAAAUAUUUUUUUAAAUUUAGAAUUAGGCAGGCUCACGCACACACUCACACCACUGGCAGCUGGCCUGACUCUUCCAAGAGCAAAGUUGGCUGAGGAACCAUUUUUG